AUGGAGCAAUUAUUCAGGAACCAAAAGUUGAAUGUUAGUAUAAGAACCGUUAAGAGUGGUGAGGAGGUACUGUUCUAUGCAAAGGAUGUGGCAGAAUCACUAGGGUACUUAGGAAACAGAAUAAGGUAAGCGUAGAGGAGCUCCGCAUGGGGGGCGAAUCGCCCCCCUUCGAAAAAUGUCACCCACAAAUGAUCCUGCUAUACGAACCCGGUUUGUACCAGCUAAUAUGUAGCUCGAGGCUUCCAAUAGCAGAGGACUUUCAGGAUUGGGUAUUCAAGGAAGUACUUCCAUCUAUCCGUAAAACGGGCUCAUACAAAUUACCAGAAUCUAAGCCACUUUACUGUAAUCAAAUGAGAUUAAUUAAUGAGACGGACCUUCAUUAUGCUGUUGUAGAAUAUCUUAAAAAGUACCACCCAAAAGCUCUAAUCCUACCGGGACUAGGAGAGUACCAGGAUACGUCACAAAAGAGAUGUGACGCCUGGAAAAAGGGAUACCUGGGCGGACAACCCGAUCUCACAAUAGUAACUCCAAGUAAUGGUUUUAAUGGAUUCGCAAUAGAACUUAAGACCCCGAAGGGUACAGGUGAAGUUAAGGACAACCAGGUAGCUUGGAUAAGGGAGUUAGGUAAAAACGGAUACCGGACAUUAAUAUCUAACAAUUACACGGAAAUAGUGCUAGAUAUAGAGGAGUACUUUAGGGUCGACAAUAUAAAGAAACUCCUAAAGGAAAUAAAGAAUCUUAAGAUAAAGUGUAAGACUCUGAAGGCUAGUCAGUGUAAGGAAGUUGUAAUUCAAAGAAUUGGUUACACAGUAGGUAAGUACUAGAGUGCAAGUGCUUGGCGAAUACUGUCGGGUAUUUUCUAAGCAGUUCCAUCAUACUGCCAAGUAGAUUUGAGACAUCUCACAGGUAAAUUUAAGUUAUCUCACCAGUUAUCUCACCAGUAGAUUUAAGUUAUCUUGCAAGUAGAUCUGAGUUAUCUUGCAAGUAAAUUUAAGCUAGGUGUCUUACAAGUAGAAUUAAAGAUGUCUCAUAAGAUGAAACCAAGUUAAACCUAAGGUAUCUUACAAGUAGAAUGGAAGAUAAACCUGAGCAAAUUCAAGUACCAGUAACAAGUGAAAAGAAGAAGGACCCAAAAAGAGUAGCUGCAGGGAAACGACUAGCUGCAAUCAGUAAAAUAGCAAAGGAGAGGAAAAAGAAACUGGCAGAACCUAACGAGUCACGUAGCAAUGACAGCAUGAUUACCUACAUAGGAGUGGCCAUUGCAUUGAUAUCUCUUGUGCUAGCAUAUAAAACACAUCAGAGGGAAACUAAGAAACCAGAACCUAAGUACAUUCCUAAAACUGUAGAAGUAACUAGGAGAGCUGAUGAGUCCAAGUUAAAUUCACUUGAAUGAUACAUUAAACAUACCAUAUAUUAUAACAAGAUGAGUAAAGAAUCAAAGAUGACCACCGAAGUGUACGACGCAGUGUUACUUACAGCAGGAGCAGUUGGUAUAUCAAUGGCAUCAAAGAAAAUAUUGAAAGAACCAUUAGGUACCCCAGAGAAUGUAAAAGGAAUGGCGAUGUUAACUAUUUCAGUUAGUCUUUCGUCUCUACUGGUCUCUUACUUGAAAGAAAAGAAGUAUCUACCAGAUGAUCCAUUCAAAACCUAGGUAAAACUAUACAAUGGCAGGGGCAGUAGCAGGAGGACUCUUUAACGCAUUUGCAUUUGCGGGAGCAGGAUACUUAUUUAAAAUGUUUGACAAGAAUGGAUACGCUGAGGAAGCUCAUAGACAUAACAAGGCAAUGGAGAACCUAACAGCUGAAAGAGAGAAGUACCUCGAAGAGGUCACUGAUAGGAGAAAUAGGAUUGCCCAACUGAAGUCAGAACUAGCUGAGGCAAGUAGGGAUAUUAAGUCAACGAACCAGUCACUAGAACUCGCUAGAAGAAUCAAUGAGUUAACACAUAAGCCUAUGCCAAGGAAGCCGCAAUUGAGUAAUCACUACAAACCUAGCUCUGAGAUUGAAGAAUAUAUGACAAUCUUUGGUUUAAUUACAGGUGGGGUGGUUGGAGGGGCAGCUUAUUUAAUUCUAUAG